AUGAAUGGGGAGGAGGAAACCGAGAACCUUUCGAAACCUUGGAAGUUCCGCUAUAACGUGUCACUCUUCCAUUUCCUACAUCUAGGGAGGCGCGCUGGUCUGGGGAGGGAGGGAGGAAACAAAACAAAAAAAAAACCCCACCAACGGCUCUUCCGACGCUUUCAGCGUGUGACGCACUUCCUGUUUGCGGCCCUGAGAGGAGGAGAGGCAUCGUCUCCACCGUCACGGCUGCCGCUGCUUUAUCAGAAAGCGGGAAGGGACGAGACGGGAGCUGAGCGCUGCAGUCGCCGGCCUUGAAGGAGACGAAGAGCUCGGAGGUGAGGGGAGCGCUGAGGGCGCGGGGAGCCGUGAGGGAAGGAAGGUGGCGGGUAUGGGGGGGGGGGGAAAGGAAGGGGGUUGUUCUGAGGGGAGGCGGGGGGGGGGUUGGUAUCUCCACCGCGGGGUUGGCGCCAGGGGCGCGCGGACUCCCCCCUCCCCUCAUACCCUCCUCCGCCUCGCGCUCUCUCCUGAUUGGCUGAGGCCCGCUGCAGGGGGUGGGGGGAGGGAGAAGGAUGGUUAUCUCUCGGCUCGUGCUGGGCUUCGCCUUGGCUUCCGAUUCUCCCCCCCCUCCCCCACCACGAACAACCCCCCCCCAAACACAGACUAGAUUCUCUGGGCAUUUGUGCCUCCUUCGCCCUCAAAGGUCGCCGUGGCCCAGGCGCCUUUUUCUUUUUCCUUUGUCUGGUCUACCUCUUCUCCAGCCCCACCCCCACCGAUCUGCUUCUAACCCCCCCCCCCGUCCUGGGGUUGCCACCCCCGGGAAACUCCAUGGGGGGUGUGUGGAAGUGGGGAGCCCCCCCCCCGUAGCGCCUUCCGCGAAACGAAUCAAAACAAAGCGCAAAAAGGGGGGCCUCGUGGAGUGGGGGCGCCCCAUAGGAACGCGUGGCGUGUCUUGUCUGGGUUUCGGAGCGAUUUAAGGCGUUCGAGGGCUUCAAGCUUAGCGGAGGCCCAACUUCUAAAAACGUUUAAUUUUUCCCGUCCGAAACAAACGCUUAAAAAUUCAAAGUAGAUCAUAUUUGUUGUACGUGCAAAGAGGGGGCGAUAAGAUUUUCAUUGGCUACAUGCAGCCUAUUUCAUCUGCGGUCCACGAAAGCUUAUCGUGCGAUAAGUGAAGGCACCGUAACGCUUUUAAUUUUAUUUUUCCGUUUGCAUUUUUGCUGUGUAGUAGGCUAACAUGGCCUGUUCUCUGGAAUGGUAUUGCUGUUAGCGAUUUGUUUUCUGUGGCAAUUGCCUGUUUUGUCUCUUUUUAAAAAUUUUCUUGGUUUUUACACAAUGCUUUGCAAUUACAAGAAGCCUGCCUGCUUUUUUGUAGAUUGUUUUUAACGUCUCUGUGCAAAUGUUAUCACUAAAUGUUAUCACUAUUUAAAAAUAAAUACAUUGAAUCCUUGGUUUCUUUCGAAAUUGCUCAGUGAACAAACUGAGCUGAGGUCAGAAGCUGCCAUUUGAAAACUAUUAGGAGGAAUAGGCUAAUGGUGCUUUGCAUGUUUACUAGGAUGCGACUCCUGUUGAAUAUGGUUGGCAUUGCAGUCUAGAAGAUGUAGAAAGAAUAGUCAUUAACUGGCAGCUGUUAAAUUGCUUUCGGGGGAGGGAAACUUUUGAAAGUUGGAAUCUUAAGAUUUAAAAGUUAAGUAGAUGAAUAUUUUGUAUAUCUGUUAAAGCAUAACUAAUAAUACUUACUUGACAAAUUUUAGAUAAAAAUAUCAUUUCUAAAAUAAAAUAAAAAGAGUAGCAGUGUAACUUUUAAAGUACAGUAAAUCUCAAGCAAACAGUCCCUUGGUUGGUUACUUGAUUCAACUUUGGAAGUUGUGUAGAGAUUAGAUAUGCAAAUAUAUGGCUACCUUGGAUUUUGUAAAACUAGUGGUGGGUCCAAUAUUUCAUAUUUGGCCCAGCUUUUUGUCAGGAGUGGGUUAACAAAAUACCCAAAUUAUUAUCACAUAUUAAAUUGUUGAUUUUGUUCAGCCUUGUGUAAGCUGCCCUAAGUAAGCCUUAUUUGAAGAGCAAGGGAAAAUAAAUUACUGAAAUAUGUGUUACUUGCUUCAAGUGGGUGGCUUAGCAGCAAGACUAGACUGGAGGCCAUUUAUGUGGUACCUCUGUUGAUCUUUUGGGCAUCUGGGAUUUUCCGUGUUUCUCUUGAAAUUUCCAGACUCAUAAUGAAGGAGAUUAAGUAGCUAGGGGAGGGAUAGUAAAGCGAUGAUACAUUCUAACACUACAAUUUUAUUUAUUCUUUACAAAGCAUACAUUUUAUUACUCAUUAAAUACCUUUUGUUGCUCAGUUAUAUGUGAACCACCCUGAGAUCUACAGGUGAAGGGGCAGUAUACAAAUUUAAUUAAUGUUAAUAACACAUUAGAUUUAAAAAUGGAAAUUCAUUUUUUUUCUUCACUGUGUAAUUAUUCAUUUAAUCUUAAAGGUCCAAGUAGGAGGAAGACACACUAUAUUUGUCCUAGAGUUCAUUUGUAUUCCACAGCAAUAUUAUCUUAAAGCUAAAUUUUAGAAUUUUAAAAUGAUGGUUAAAUGUAUAUACCAUGGUUGAAUUUCCCUUGGCAGAUUAUGAUGGCUGGACUUUAGUAAUUGUUUUAGGAUUAACUAAAAGCCAAAUGCUACAUUAGUUUGCAUUAUUUUCUGUAUUUCUAUUUUUUUCUUCACUAAGCUAAAGCUUACUCACCUUUUAGUCUAUAUUUCUGAAUAAUUUGGUCCUGGGAGUGAAGUUAAGAAGCUGUUUAGUGCAAAAUCAGGCCAUUGGUCCAUAACCAUCUGUUUCCAUAUCACUGUUCUCACAUUGGUUGUCCUAUGCCUUUUCAAAUAUUGCUUCUUUGGUCCUUUUUAAAUGUGGGUUAAACCACAGAGCCUAGGGCUUGCUGAUCAGAUGGUCGGUGGUUUGAAUCCCCGUGACAGGGUGAGCUCCCGUUGCUUGGUCCCUGCUCCUGCCAACCUAGCAGUUCGAAAGCACCUCAAAGUGCAAGUAGAUAAAUAGGUACCGCUCCGGCGGGAAGGUAAACGGCGUUUCCGUGUGCUGCUCUGGUUCGCCAGAAGCGGCUUAGUCAUGCUGGCCACAUGGCUGGCUCCCUCAGCCAGUAAAGCGAGAUGAGCACCGCAACCCCAGAGUCGGUCACGACUGGAUCUAAUGGUCAGGGAUCCCUUUACCUUACUGAACCAUUUAUUUGCAAAGCAUGUGGUUAAGCAGACAUCACUAUACCUGCUAGUCAAACCAGACUGAACAAGAAGAGAGAAGUUGGCCUUGUAAUAGGAUCAUUUGCAUCCUUAGGGAAGUAUUUAGGACAAGAAUCAUUCAGGAGAUAAUUAGAAGGUUAAAGCUCAAAGGUCAAGAUUAGAAAAAAGGUUGGGUGGAGCAUCAGCAGGACAUAGGAGUAUUCUUAGGGUUUUCAAAAAUUCCCAGUAGAGUGCCAGUCUCACCUUUAUGCAAGGAUUUCAGCAUCAGGCUUAUCCGAUGUAGUGUGCGAAAAGGCUGUUCUGGGAGAGCUUCCCUUGUAAUGAGGAAAAUUACACAGGAGGCUGCGAUGAGACCAAGAGCAAGUAUCCUGUUGCCCAGCAACUAUUGUCUCAACACACAAUCAGUAGAAAGGCUGUUAGCCAAAGAACUCUUUAUAUUUCAGUUUACGCAGUAAAGUUAUGUAUUCAUUCAGACAGAAACAGAGUUGUGGCCAUCUUAACUGUACUCAUUCCAGUACUGUACCUGAGUUCAAAAUACACUAGACUCUCAAAAACAUUUAUGACUCUGGUAAAAACCUCGAUUAACAUAGUGUAAGCACUACCUUUUAAGUGGAGCUUUAAUUGCUUUUCAUAUUGAGGCCUAGAUUAUUUUUGAAACCUGGAAAUUGUGGAGCAGGAUUAUAACUUCUUAUUUUUUAUUGCAAGCCCUCCUGUACAAAAGAAUCACUUUCACCACCCCUCUUUAGCAGAGUAUUUGCCGUACAAUUUGGAUUGUUGGCAGUUUGCUAGUUUUUAAAAUUAAGUUAAUUCAAAGUGACUUAUUAUAAACUGGAAUAGCUAGAAGACCACUUGAUCAAAAACUCAAUAGAGCCAUUAUAUAUUAUGAAUUUUAGAAACAUCUAUGCUGCUUCCCCCCCCCCCCAAAAAAGCAGAACUAUAUCUUCAUAAGAAGAAAAAGCUUUUAAGUUGAAUUCCAGAUUAAGGCUUCUUCACCUUUCUGAUGUCUACUUCAUUACAAUUUCUGCUCCCCCCCCCAUCACAUGCCACUUCAUGUUUAACACCCUUUCUUCAAGGAUGGCAUCUUUAUAAAUUAAGCAAGACAUAUUUAAGCAAAACAUCAAAAAUAUACCUUGCAUUAUGCUCUACCAAAUACUAUAUUAGUACGCCUAUGAGGAAGAUGCAGGACAGUUUUAACUAGUGCUAGAAACUUGCUUGGUACAGGUGUCUUAAUCAGGCAUGGCUCUUAACAUUCAGUCAUUAAUGUUAUGGUCCCCAGUUUAUAUUUAUGUGCUGCUGUGAGGUGCAGAAUUUUUAUUUUAUAUUUACUUGUGAAACUUUUAGAUUGUUGCAAACCAUUUAGGCAUCUUGAAGUAUGUAGUUGCUUGUAAGUCAUUAAAAUAUAGCAUGCUUCAGGUUGCUUGCAAAGUCAUUGUGAUUGGGAAUUAUCUCUGUUCUGCAGAUGCCUUAAAAGGUUAACUGAAGUUUCUGUUUCCAAUAUGUAAUUCUGUAAUAUCAGAAGAUUGUUUACUGAAGAGUUUAGAUGCAAGAUGAAUUCAGUUGACACAUUUGCAUUAAUAAGUGACAAAAUAAUUUGUAAGGUUGUUUCAUUUGAUGCUCAUUAAAAGGGCUUCCUUGUUGAUUAGUUUGUGGAGACAUGGUCUAUUAAUAGUUGAACAGUGUUGAUAAAAAUAGGAUAGCCUUUAAUGUCUUUUUUGUAGUACUGGAUAUUUUUGUUUUAUAAAGUUCAAACUGAAAAUUUAUUCAGCCUGACAUCAUUCUUGCUCUCAUUUCUGGUGUGAUGAUGGUAAGUCACCCAACAACUACAAGUUUCUAUUCCAGGCAUAGGCAAACUCGGCCCUCCAGAUGUUUUGGGGCUACAACUCCCAUCAUCCCUAGCUAACAGGACCAGUGGUCAGGGAUGAUGGGAGUGGUAGUCCCAAAACGUCUGGAGGGCCGAGUUUGCCUAUGCCUAUUCUGUUCACUACAAAAUGCUGGUACAAUGGUACCUCUACUUACGAACGCGAUCCGUUUCAGGGUGCCGUUGACACCCCAAAAAGUCCAUAAGUAGAGCGCCGCUAUUGUGCGUGCCUGAAGUUCGAUAGAGCGCUUCUGCGCAUGUAUGCAGAUCGCUUCUGUGCGCGCGGCGAACCCGGAAGUAAACAUAACCUGAAAAGCCGCAACAUGAAGCAAAUGUAACAUGAGGUAUGACUGUAUCUGCCAUUUAUAAUCCACUGUGGGUGAUUGAUAUCACCUUAUCUGAAUUGCCCUUGUUUGCCUUCAGAAAACAGUUUUGUUUACUUGCCAAAAUCUUUCUAACCCAUCCUCUAUUGGUUGAUCUCAGGACAGGAUAGAUCAGUUAAAACAAUCCCUAAAUACUGACAUACCACCCAAGAUUCACAGCUGGAAGUCAAAGAAGCAAACUGCAGCAGACCAAUGGCGAUUCUCAAAACAUUAAAACAUUAUAAUUGUACUGUGUGCAAAAUGUUAAAUGCAGAACACCAGCAGCCAGCAUAAGCAGUCUGUAUACCAAUCCGCCCUCAACACAGCCAGUUUCUAACUUUGUGCUGAAAUAUAGCUAGUGUUAGCAUCAGCAAGGUGCUCCACAACAAGGGGGACCACAGAAAAAAAGGCUGUCUUUUGCAUUUCUACCUAAUAGGCCUGUGCAAUAUAUCAAUAUACUGUUUAAAAAGGAUAUUUAGAGAAAAUUGUGAUAACCAUAUUUUUAAAAAGGACCUGGCAAUUUAUUGUGAAUCAAGCAUGGUAUUGGAAAAGCUGGGGGGAACCUUUGCUUUGUUAUGUGCAGCCCUUGCUAACUCCGCCUAAGCUCCUCCCUGCCUCCUGAAUAUCUAAAAGUGUGACACUGAAUUGGCUUUUUUUCUUGUUUAGUAAUGUAGUUAAUUUUUAAGGGAGCAUUCUCUCACUUUACCUUUGAUAUCUCUGCUGCUGAUUACUUCUACAGCAUUUAUUUUAGAGAAAAUGUGCUAACUUAAACAUUAUUGGUAUAGUACUAUAACGUAACAGUUGUAACAAUAUGCUAAAGAUAAAAGAACAUUUUUUCAGUUUUAUAGUUAGACCCAUAAGUAGUAGAAGUUGCCAUGGCAUUAUCAUGUUCACCUCUACAUGGCUCCUGCCUUAUUUCAGAUAUUGUGAUAAAUUGAAAUAUUGCAAUGUGUAGCUGGUGCUAUAUCGUGAUGCUAAAAAUCACAUAUCGCCCAGCCCAACUACCUAAUACACAGUUCCCUGAGGCAGGACACAGAGAAGUUCCUCACACCACAUCUUACUUCUGGAUUUAAUGACUAAAUAAUAUUUUUUAAUGGUUGGAAUUAAUACACUUUAAUUAGGGGUACAAAAAGAGGUGCUUGCCACUAACUCCUGCUGUUCCAUUUUUAUCCAAAUGAACUUAGAAAGUUCUUCCAAGUCUCCUGCAAUUGCUAGGUGCUGAAGGAGAUGCACAGUCUUCUAUCACUUGCACAGUAGUGAAGAAAGAGCAGCAUAAUGUGCCUUGCUGUUUCUAAUUUUAUUGAAACAUUUGUAAAAAUGGGAGAAGACUGCUUUCUUCUCAGACCUUCUUCUCACUGUUAAAUGUUGUUUUGCUAUAAAGGCCCCUAUUCUCAGUUGGGCCUUUCUGCAUAUCCAGUUCUUUGCUCCAUAUGUAGCCUCAGUUCUGGAUGAUGAAGUUAAUCUAUAACAAUCAUGUGUUUUUAUUGAGGUUCCUGAACUUUCUUUUCAAGCCCCUUGAAUUAUUCGAAGCACGUAGCAUUUGAAAUAAUUUACCUGGAUUUCCAAUAAGGCAUGUGGCUAGUGCAGUAUUGUCUCGCUUUGUUGGGCCAUAAACUUCAACAUGCCAUCUUGCCAUCAACUCAUCUAUCAGCUGUCAUUCAUUUGGCUGCUGGAGAGAGAGGAGGAAUGUAGGGUCUACUCCAUUUGCUUGCCUGAGAGACUGGUUCUAUUUGGUUCCUAUCUCUGAAUUGUUUAUAUCUGUUUAUAAAAACAUUGUAACUUUUAAGAGCUGACACAUGAGUUUGCUAUUUUGCUUCUUGCCUCCAUGCUGUUUUCCUUUUGUUCCAAGUUUUUUAGAGUAGAAGGCUGUAGGCAGGGACUGUCUAGUUAAUCUUACUAUUUAAACCAAUCUGAGAGUCUUUUUCAGCUGACUAGCAUGGUAACAAGUCUUAAACAAAUUCCUCCCUUUUCUCCCUCAAGUCCAUUGGCAAGUAGAGGGUUUAGAAGAAAGACAGUUUUACACUGCUAUUACUAAAGCUGUACUCUUUAAAAAAAAGCAUAAGAACUGUAUUCUGCAGCUCUGCUGAUGGAAUGCGGCAUUGUCGAGUUUCAGCUCCUUCUGUGCCUCUUCUGUGUACUUUUUGGGAGCCCUUGGAAUAGUAUAGUAGAGGGGGAAAUCAGUAAAAAUAGGAUUGUAUCCCAAGCAUUGCCAGCGGAGUUCUGCUGAUGCAGCAGCAGUUCUGUUUCCUUUCCUCACCCUGCCCCCUCCCCUGGGGCAUCCACCCAAUCUUCUCUGGAGGGUUCCCCAACCCUUUGGAGCUGAGUUUGAAGGUGCACAGAAGGCUGCAGAGAAGAGGAUAAGAAAAUUCCAUACUGCUAGGCAAGUUUCUUGUGCUAGUGGAAUGAGAACAUUGGAUGCUGCCCAGAACCUGCUUGUGAAAGCUUCCCCUUGAUCAUUGUCUCUUCUGUGAACAGAAGAACUCCUUUGGCUACAAACCAAAAUCUUGUAUAUAGAUGUGUGUUUCAUGAUGGGUGUCUUGGUAAAAUUCCCUUGGAUGUACCAUCAGUUCUCCCCUGCCCCCCAAUGUGUAAUGCUUUGUACUUUCAUGAAAUGGUUGUGUAAGAUUGGAGACAUGUCAGUGUAAAGCUACUGCAUGAUAUUUAAGUUCUAUCAUGCAGCUGUCUUGACUAUUGCAUUCUUUGCAUAAAUCCUAUGGCCACUGCUGCUGCAUACCAGCGCCCUCCUUUCCGUUCCAUUUCCCUUAGUUUAAUUGGCCUCUGUGAUUCUCUUGAUUUAUAAUUACAUCCCACUAGGUGACAACCUGAGACUAAAGUGUUAAGACUGAAUGAAUGGAGUUGUUGUUCAGCACCCUUUAUCUUCACUCUUUCCAAAUAGUGGUGGUGGAUGGCUUUUCAAAAUGCUGACAGAUUUAAAUUCUAAUGAAGCAAUUAGCAUGAAUUUUCUUGAUGGCACAGAAUUGGCAUGUUUACUCCUUCAUAGAAUUCUAGUUUUGCUUAUCCAUAAGCAGCCUCGAACAAAUUUUGUGAAGUGCCAUGAACUAUUGAUAGAAUUGUUGGUUUUUAAAAAGUAUGAAAUGUCGGAGGUACUACAUUUUGGAAUUCAUGAAAUUCAAAGUUACCAAUUUGAUAGCUUCCCCUUGCCGAAAAUCUAUAUUGUUAACUUAUAAUUCAUGAAAAUUGUGACCAGUUGUUUGCCCUGCUGUGUAACAAGCUAGUCCCUGAAUAAGUUGACAUAUAUUUUUCUGGGUUUUGCUUCCUUGAUGGAUUUUUCUGAAGAUGCAUUUUCCAGUAUUGCCUGCAUUGAUACUAGUUUAUGUAACAAACACACAUACUGGCUGGUACCAACUUUUAUUAGCGUUGUACUAUAACUGUGCUUAAUCUUAAAAUAUAAUUAGAGUGACUUUUGGAAUUUGUUUAAUGAAUACCAGUAAAGCAUGCAAGGUGGAGCUGCUUUACACAUUGUUUAAAUGUGUUUAUACAUAUAUUUAUUCAUUUUGUAUUCACACGUCAAGUUUGCAAGUGUAAAUAUCUGCUUAUUAUUUUUUUUUUUGCUACAACUCUGAUUAGCUUGUUCAGUAGCGAUAUGCUUUGCACGCAAUGUGUGGUGGGGCACUGAAAUCUGCUUUCAGUUUUCCUUUUGCAUUAUAGUUGGGCUUGUAAGAUUAUGACUUGCCAGAGCAAAACACAUUAACCAUUAGUCAUAUGAAGCCUAUACUCUUAAUCUAAUGAGGGCUAGAAAUUAAUCAUUAAGUAUUUGUAGAGCCAUAGUCAAAGGAAAUCCUUGUUCUAUUUACUGCAUAAUGGUGAGGAUAUAAUUUUCAGCACAUUUUGCUGACGCAUACUGAAAGGAUAUCCCUUAUCAGGCUGAUAAAUGCUGAAAUGGAUUUUCUUUUGCUUGCUGUUCAUUCCUUUCCCCCCUGCAUUGCCAUUCUGUUCUUACUUGUAAUUUGUAAUCUUACAUUUCUUAUGGUUAGCUUUUCCGGUAUAUUCUGUACAGGUAUUGGUUUAAAAUGGAAAUACUUUCCAAAAACCAUUUGAUACUUGAUAUUCAAAAACUUACUGGCUCCUUUCUAAUCCAGGCUUCGACCUGAGUUUGGUAUUGAAACAGGCUUGGUUGCCCUGGUGGAUAACGUAUGCCAGGAACAAGUAUGCAGUUCUUUUGGUCCUUUUGGACUUAUCUACAGCAUUUGAUACCAUUAACUGUGGUAUGUUUCAGUUGUCUGACAUUGGUGGUGAGGCCCAGGGUAUCCACUUCUCUAUAUCUCUUGAAUCCACUCUCUCAUUGCUUUCUUCCCCAGGUUAGGCCAUCAACUUUUUGGCCCAUCGAGUGCAUUUUGAAUUUUAGAAAGUGCUGUGGGUGCCAGUCAGAAAAUGGCUGCUUUGGGAGGCAUGGCUUUGGCCCAGCCCACUUCUGUGCCUCCCCUGCAACAUUACUUUCCAUCGAGGGCAUUAGGCACUUGGGUUAAUAAAGUUUCUCCAUGUGCCAUUAGGAAAUGGUGCAAUGGAAACCUUUCUAAUGGAUAUGGAUGAAAGGGGCCCUUCUGUUUUUCUCCUAGAGCUCUCUGUGACAGAAGGGUGAAGGGUUCAUUGAAAAAGGGUUUGGAAGAAACUCUGGUAGAUACAGGAGAAAUGAAUGCAUGCAUGUCCAGUUCAUCUAUUUGUUAAACUGAAAUCUAUGAUUAAAGCAGACUCGUUUCUAUCAUGCAGCUUGUCUUUUCAACCAAAAUUUCCAGUGUUAAUAUUUGUUAAAACCUUGUUUUCUCCCCCAAGGACUAUUGUUAUCAAAGCAAUAUAAAACAUGGUGGAUUAUUAUGAAGUUCUAGGAGUGCACAGACAUGCCUCACAAGAAGACAUUAAAAAAGCGUAAGUACCAAUCUUUAAAACUGUAGGUAAGCUGCAAAUAUGUUUUGAAUUUCUUUGAAUGUAAUAUCUCCUCCACAUUUUGAGUGGGUAACAUGGUUUCAUACAUCAAGUUAUUGUGUUCAUUGCUUGUGAUCACUGGAAUUAUUUACUGUAUCAGAUGAUGUUCUGUACCAGACAACUGUCUUGAGAAUCGUUAAGUCAUGAGAAGAAUUCUUGAAUGUGCUCUUCCAGCAAUUUUUGGGCUAUAUCCAAGCCUAGUUUGCUCUCGGACUCAAUGCAUUCCCCCCCCCCUUACAUCCUGAAUUCAGAAGAUUUUGCUUUUAGCUAACACAAUUCUCAUUUUGUCUAGACUGGGAAUUUGUGGGUAACAUUGGCUAUGGUUACUUUAAACAAGCCAACUUCAUAAAGGAUGAUUUGAAGUUGACUUACUUUGAUACUAACAUUAUUUAAUCACAAUUCCUAGGUGAGAAGCUUUCGCUUUGUCCUCCCUCAACUUAAAGGGAAGGAACAGGUGUAUAUGAACUGGGGAAGAGGCUAGGCUCCUUCAUAUAGCAAUAAAUCAUGAUUUUGCUUUCAAUCCAAUACAGCCUUUCAAUUCAAUACAGGCUCCUGAACGCCUUGGGAGUUGGAACGUUCUGGCUCCUGAACGAUCAAAAACUGGAAAUGAGUGUUCCAGUUUUCAAACUUUUUUGGGAAGCCGAACGUAUUGUUCACUAUUGUUUCCAGUGUGCCUCUGCAAUGGGGAACCAAUCAGAAGCCGCGCCUUGGUUUCUGAACUUUUCGGAAGUCGAACGGACUUCUGGAACUGAUUCCGUUUGGCUUCCGAGGUACAUCUGUACAGCCUUUAUACUAUGUAGGACACUGUUCCUAUUUGCUUGUUCUUAUGACUGUCCUACGUAUGUUGUUGCAGUGUUUCUGAGUUAAAACAGGCCUGCAUUUCCUAGAAGCAAUCUGCCUAUUUUAGCAAAGAAUGACUGUCCAAAUUUUCAAAAACAUAUCUUAAUGAGAUACUUUGAUCAGUUUGGUUUACUAUUAGGGGUAAAACUAUAAAUAGCAUUCACUUCCUUAUUCCUUCAGAUGAACUUUUUCUAAGCGCUUUGGAGGAUCUUGAGAAUGCUGCUGGCUGCUUCUUUUUUCUCUAUUUAGUAUUACGAGCCGUUUGUUAAGAUAACUGAAUUGACAACUAUUGAUAGUAUUUGCCAGAAUCAUGUACUAUAGUUUGGAGGGCAGGAGCCUAUCAUUGUUUGUCAAUUUGAAUAUCAUAGCAAUCUAUGGUUAGUGACAAUUGGGAAAUGGAGAGGGUUAUUAAAAGGUUAUUAAAAGUAUCUUAGCUCUUGCAAACCUUAAAGCUUAUCAACUUACACUGUAUUAUAUUAUGUUACUAUAUCGCUGCCUUCAAAUAAUUCAUAUUGGGAAGUUACAUAUCAUUUUAUUAAAAGCUCCUGUAAUCAGUAAGCAUCUUUGAGUCCAGUGUUGCAUUAGGAGAAGGGAAUUACAUCUGUGUGGGGGGGCUACAUUGGAUUACACCCACUGCAUUUAAAGUAUGUGUUUGCUGACUACUUUAACACAUUAAAGGUUUGCCUGGUGCCUUCUUUAUGCACCUUUAGGCGCCAGUCACAUACAUUCCUCUUUAAACAGGCCUUUGAUUGAUUGGCAUCCUAUGCCCUUUUAAAAUGUGUUGGGAGGGUGUUAUUGGGUUAUUUUUGUUUUUAUUUUGAUUAUGUAUUUUGUGCUUUUAUAUUCUGAUGUUAUCCUGUGAACCGCCUUGAGACCUGCGAGUACUGUAUACUACUACUACUAUAACUUAGCCAAUUGAAUUAAUAAAUUUUCCCUCUCAUUUUGUAUUUGUUGUGCAUCUUGAAUAAAAUCAGCUUAUGCAACUUCCCCUUUUAUUUCAGGUACCGCAAACUGGCAUUAAAGUGGCACCCUGACAAGAAUCCAGAUAACAAAGAAGAGGCUGAAAGGCAAUUUAAGCAAGUAGCUGAGGCUUAUGAAGUUCUGUCCGAUGGUGAGUAUUAGAUAAAUUUAAAACGUGUUUUUUACCUUCCAAAUCUGACUGCAAAUUUGGCUGAAGCCAGUUCCUUAACUUUGCAGUUUGGGAAGUUAAACUUAUUUUUAGAAUUGAUUGCCAUCAAAAUAACUCUGUGCUGGAAUUUUACAGCUUACCUUCCCAGUUGGGAUGAGACCAUACUACUUGCCAAAGCAAAAGCUGCUGCUAAUCUGAGCUAGCAGUGAAACAUGUUACACAACUUUUAUUUCUUGCCAAAGAACUGGCUGUGGCUGUCUGUGCUGUUUGUUGCAGAGGAGGUUUUUUUUUACAAGGAAUGCUCUCAACUACUUUUUUUUUAAAGAAGGGACAAACAAGGGUUUGUGUUCUGUGUGCUCUUAUCUGUUAGUAUAUUGAGUGGGAUUAUAUUAUUAACUAUAGAACAAAGCUUAUAUUGGACAUAAGUUGGUCACAUUAUUUAACAAAAGCAAACACCAAGGCUUAGCAUUCAUUCUGUAUCACGGAUAAAACUGCUUUGUUCUCUGCAAAAUAUGUUUUAUAUUUAGGGAAACGUCUGGACCCAAUAACUGGAUCCUCUCAUAGUAUAGUAUACUAGCUCUUCAUUUGCGAGAUUAAUAAGCCAUCAAGUUUAUUAGCAAUAAUAAGAUUAUGGCACUCUCUCCCCACAGAGGAGUACUGCAAGUUUUUAAUGGGUUUUUAAAGUCUACUUUUUUUGGAUUGCCUUGUUAAAUUGACCUUUUUUAAUGCUUCAGGUUUCAAAUAAUUAAACUGUUUUGAAACCAUUUUAAUAUUACUAGUUUUUUUGGAUUUUAUGCUUUUUAUUUUUAAAUAAUUGACAUGUCUGGGUUUUUUUGAGCUUUUCUAUCAUGAUGAAUUUUCUUACAUGGUCAUGUUUAAAAAGGACAGCCUAUUAAUGCUGCUGUUGAUUCCAGUAGUGUCUGGUUUGAGAGAUUCAUCAAAGUUAUAUCAAACAGAUUUUUUUUAUUUGAAAAUUUCCUGAUAUUUCUAGAUUGUAUUUUUCUGCAACACAUGUUUUUAAGUCAUAUGGUUAAUUUAUAGAUUUUGAAGGCAUUUAGUUGCAAUUUUCAGGAAAGAAGAAUACUUUUUGCUUCAUGGCUGAAUAAUAGAUACGGGGUGGGGGGGAAUCAAAGGGCCUUGUCAGUUAGCAGCUUGAACUUGAACACCAUUAAAAAUUCAUACUAAGUAAUGAAUAUGCCUCUGCUUUUUGUUUUAUUUGGAUGAUUACUGUUACAUAUAGCUGCGUCAAAAUAAUGUAACUAGUUUUAUAUGCAUAGCUUACAUAUUGAGGCCCAUUUUAUUACACAUUUUGAUCCUUUUGUUAUAAUGAUUUAAAAUAUAAUGUAAUUCUUAAUAUAUAACCUUAAUAUAUUUUUCCAUGUUUCAUUACUUUCAUAUCAAAGUAAUCUAUUUCUUAUCUAUUCUCUGUUCUUCAUAGCUAAAAAACGUGAUAUCUAUGACAAAUAUGGAAAAGAAGGCUUAAAUGGAGGAGGAGGUACGUAGGGAUUUAAUGCUUUCUCCUAUUUUAAUGCUAUGAAUAACUUUUUAGCUAAAGAUGUUUCUGCCAUGCUAAUACAAACAGGUUAAUUUGGAGAUCCAGUGAAUGCCACCAGUGCCUGCCAUACUGAAUUCUGGCAAAUUUACUAACACUCAUUGGCUCCCCCAGUCAACAUUCACAUUUGUUCAGCAGCAACACAAUGGAACAGGGAGUGUAAACCACAGAAUCAAGAUUGUAACUGGAAUGAAUCACUCACUAUAUUGUUGUACAAAGUUUAAUGGAAUGUUGCUAUGGAUGGGAAAUAAAGUAAGUUGCAUGAGAUAAAAUAUGUGAAAAUCAAACAACUUCUAUAUGAUGAAAUCUAACCCAACAGAGGAAUUUGAUUUAAUUUGCAUUAACUAAUGAAUGGGAUGAACUCAUAAGGAACAUGAGACUCUUAUCUCAAGUUGUGAGUUCAAGCAUUGUAGGGGGUUGGACUGGAUGACCCCGUCGUCCUUUCCAACUCUACAAUUCCGUGAUUCUGUGGUUGAGAAAGUGAUCAAUAUGAGUAGGUAAUAUACUCUUCCCUUAACUCCCUGCAGCCCAUCUGGAUGUGAAAUAGUUCUAAGUUCCACAGCAUAUUUGCCAACCUGAGCUCCUUUGAUAGGAAGGGCCAGGUGGUAGGUAGAUAGAUAGAUAGAUAGAUAGAUAGCUAAUUAGAUCAAUAAAAUUUUCAGUUACCAAUCCAAGGCAGAAGGCCUUGUGGUCUUCAGCUGGGUGAAGAACUAAGAACUAACUAAAAAAAAUAGAAUGAAUAUACAUUUUAUAUUGAUCAGGAACUGAACCAUGGGGAGGGCUUUCCCAUUGAUUUUAUUCCUCGGUGUGGUCAGACCUACUUAAAACGCAAGCUAUGAGUUUACCAUAAUCUGGGAAGGGUGAAGAGAGUAACUGGGAGCCCUGCUUCAUCAGUGGCUUUCCAUGCAAGGCACUCUGGCACGUUCAAGUACUGGCCUGCCAAAAUACUUGGCACCCUUUUCUUUGGCUUCAUAGCUGUUUGCUGUGAUUCUUAUAAUGAUGCCAGAGUCACAGUAAAUUUAACUUUAAGCAGCAAAUGUUUGCACAAAGGGCCAAGCAGCUUACACAAAAAUGACACAUGACGUUCUGUCACCCAUCUUAAUGUGUCAUGAUUUCUGUACAUUGUGGGGAUUGCUGGGUAUGCAGGUCUAGUAAAGCCCAGAUGAACAGUAUCAGCCCGCGGUGUUGUAAUUACUGUAUUGGAUGGAGUAUGACGGUGGAGAUCGAGCUUCAAAUCACUACACAGCUGGAAGUUCACUGAGUGACUUUGGCUUGCUACCCCUUAGUUUAGUUAAGGGUGAGCUUGAUGAUAAUAAGGAAGAACUAUAUAUGCUUCCAUGGAGGAAGUAGGCUGAAAAUGUAAGAAGAAAUGACAUGCUAAUGAAUUUGUCAUUGCUAAUUCACACAAUGACUCAGACUUUGCGGAAAAUAUUUGUCAUAACGUUUAAAAAAGAAUAUUCUAGUCCUCUUAACACAACUUUAAAUACCUUAGAAAUGAGCUCAGUUUAUAGUCUAAAAUGUGUGUUGAGGAUAUGGGGAGCUUUAAAGCAUGGAUUUCCUGAUUUGGGAAUCUUUGGUUGCAGUUCUUACAAUUGUAAUAAAAGUGUCAAUAUGCCUCAAGAAAAAUAAUAACUUUGACAGGUUUGUCAUACUGAACCAUUACUGAGAACAGUAUAAAUGAGAAUAAGUUGCAAAUGUUAAGAGAUUUAGAUGUGUUAGGAUGCUGAAGAACUGCUGUGAUAUUGAGUGCUCUCUUGUUGCAGGUGGAACUCAUUUUGACAGUCCAUUUGAAUAUGGUUUUACAUUCCGGAAUCCGGAAGAUGUCUUCAGGGAAUUCUUUGGUGGAAGAGACCCGUUCUCAUUUGAUUUCUUUGGUGAGUAUACAACAUUGACAUUUUUGGAAAUAUGGAUAUGCAAAAUGUUGAAACGCAUAUGUUGGUAAUAAAUAUGUUGUAUUUUUUCAUGUAUGGCUCCCAAUAAGGGUGUGGUGAUAAAAUCUGCACCUUUUAUACUUAUUGUUGGUGUUGACAAAAGGAUAGCUUCAGUAUACACAGAGUCUGACUUUGCAUCUUGGAAUUGGAUAUUUCAGGGCUACUGUGAAUUUGUUAAAUAGGCAACAGUCUGCAUGGAAAACCUUGGAAUUGGAUAUUUCAGGGCUACUGUGAAUUUGUUAAAUAGGCAACAGUCUGCAUGGAAAACCAUAGGAGGGGAGAGUGUCACUGUGUGCAGAGCCUUCUUGUGGGUUUCCCAUAGGCAGUUGGUUGGCCACUGUGAGAUGCUGGACUAGAUAGGGCACCGGCCUAAUCCAGCAGGGUUUUAUUACGUUACGUUCUUAUUGGUAGCACUGCUGCUACAGCAGUGAUUUGCUUUCAAGCUUUCCCCUUUGAAAUUGACUUACUUAUUCGUAUACAUUCUGAGGUCUUAGGGAGCUAGUUACCUCUGCUGUAAACCAGCCUGAACCCUUUUAUUUCUUUUGUCUUGAGGUGACAUGGGUAGUAGUGAAUAGGAUUCUGUAUAGCUAAAUUUAUAUAUUGUGCUCUAAAUAUUGUGGGGCGGGGGGGGGACAGGCUUGUUGUAAACACUGCUUGGUGAUGGUGGAUUCUUUGAAAAGUGCAAGACGGGUUAAUGCAAUCUAGUUGGCACCCCUGCUUGGGUAGAGUGUGCUUUGAUGGUAUGGGAAAGUGUAUGGGAAAUUGGCUAGCAAGGUGCUUCUGAACGAGCUGGCCGCUUUUUCUCUGAGACGUCACCUUAAUGACCAGCUAGAAUACGCAUGUGGUAGAAGUGUCUGAAUCAUAGGGAUGACAGAGUUAAAAUUGCAUUCCUUGUAAGCAGGGCAUAUUUAAUGUCUUUAGCGUUAUUCUCAAAAAAAUAGAGUGGGAAACUUCUGUAUCUUUACUAGCAAGUGUCAGAAAUCAACUUGAACAAAGCUCUUAAACUGCUAUCUCCAUUGAGAUCCACCAGUCUGAAAUUGAUCACUGAACUAUGGUAUCUAAUUUAUCAUUCAUUGGUCAGCUAGGGUAGUUCAUUCGUUAGAGCAUGAGACUCUUGGUCUAUGAAAAGAGUUUCAGUUGUCAAAGCUUAGUAUUACAUAACUGUUUAAAGUUAUGAGGCUUCACAUGUAAAAGUUCAUUUAAUUCAUAAAUUAAGGUGUUGCAACUCAAAAUAUUGAAUAACAAAUUAAUGAAUUGACUUAACUGCAAUUGGUACUUUUUGUAGAUACCUACUCAAUGAUUAUCACUUGGCUGCCAGAGGAGUCUAAUGAAGGAUCAGAAGAAAGGUCUAUAGAGGAGCUGGAGGAUGAGUGUAGUUAUGAGUCAAUAGAAGUGGCAGAGGAGCUGGAGGAAGUGCUAGAGGAAGAGCUUUAUGAAGAAUAUUGUGAAGAUUUUAUUGAGGUCUUUGAAGAAUAUGAUGAAGGAUCUAUUGAGUUGGAAGAACUACUAGUGGAGGAGGAGGACUCUGAAGGAGUAGCAGAAGAGUCAUUUGAGGAGGAAGUGAGUUUAGUGUCAGAAGAGUGGACAGAAGAGCCUAGCAGUAUAACCUUGGAGGAGCUGGAAGAAGAAAUAAGUAUAGGAUCAGAGUUGGAGGAAUUCUACUGACAGGAAACAUUAAAAUUAAUAAAUUAUUUAUCUAAAAUGUCUCUUUACUUUUCUGAGGGCGCUUAGUUGUGGAGUACAAAGUAAUUUAGUAAUACUUUGGUUUGAAUACAACAAUACUUCAAGCUCUUACAAGCUUCGGGAAUGCUCAGAAUAUUUAGCAGAUCCUGAAUGCUUGCUUUUAUGUAGAUGGCUUUGUACAUUAUAUAGGCUUAUGUGCCUAUUAUAGCCCUUUGCCCCUCCCCAUUUCAUUUUUGAAAUUGAAUUCUGCCUUUUUUUGUAACCAUGGAGGUGUUUAGCUAGGGUUUUUAAAAAAGUUGUUUGGGAGGGUGUUGUGCCUAUAUUUGAGGAGAUGUUGCCUCCUUUUUUGGUCUGUGCUGUUUGUAUUUGUUAGUAGUUCUAAGCAUCGCCAGUUUUUCUCCUGUGAAAUGAGUAUUUUGUGGUGCACAGUUUCUUAGAUUUCUAAAAGUGCCUCUGUUUGGGGACCCCUUCAAAGCAGUGUAGAAUAAUAUCCGUUAGCCUUAAUAAUGAAUUGGCCUUCUGUGUUGAAGUACUGAAAAAUUACCGUAUUUUUCGCUCUAUAAGACGCACCAGACCACAAGAUGCACCUAGUUUAUGGAGGAGGAAAACAAGAAAAAAAAUAUUCUGAAUCUCAGAAGCCAGAACAGCAAGAGGGAUUGCUGCUCAGUGAAAGCAGCAAUCCCUCUUGAUGUUCCGGCUUCUGGGAUUGCUGCGCAGCCUGCAUUCGCUCCAUAAGACGCACACACAUUUUCCCUUACUUUUUAGGAGGGAAAAAGUGAGUCUUAUAGAGCAAAAAAUACGGUACUUAUUUUUCCUUUGAGAUGUUAAUAGAGCGGUGCAAAUAGAUCAACAUUAAUGAAUGAAAUUACUUUGUGGUGGUCUCAUUCAAGCAGUCUGAGAGCUUGUAUAUAAAUAUGUGUUCAAAUCAAAGAAGUUGUAAUCAAAUUGUAUCCCCUUCAAAAUGGUUGCUGAAAUUGCUGCUGCUUUGGUUUUCCAAGUAUUUCAUAAUUGUACUGAAGGGGUGUUAACAGAUGAGCAGAUUUUUAGCUGCCUUGGUUUAAUUGCAAAGCUUGUUUCCUUUGAGGACAAAACAGCUCUAACCAUAUUGAAGAGUAUCUUUCUACACAGUUGGGUUUUGGUGGGGAGAGUUGUCUAUAUACUUGACACCUAAUUAAUCUAUUUUGUUGCCUUAUUAAGCAGAUCACCAGUAUGUUUCUGUUGCGAAUAAAGUAGCACAUUUUUGUGGUCAACACAUAUUCUUUCUCCAAACAUCAAUAUUGUAUCUUUUCUGUGAUAUGGAAGUUUCUUGAUACUGUUGUAACAAGUGCCUGGAUUCACAUGUGUGCAGCCCUUGUUAUGGAUGUGUGUUAACCCUUAACCUUAUACCCACAAGAAGCUCUCACACAGGAAUAAAGAAAGUUUGGCUUAUUAUAUGACAUAGGAGCGGCAGAGUAAGUAAGUGCUGCUUAAGACAGCAAAGUUACAAAUUAAGCAGGUCACCAAUGUCUCCUAGUAGGACGGGCUUAGAGAUAAGAAAUUUCUGUCUUUCCCUCAGAGUUCCUGCCCAUUUCUCACCUUGCCCAUCCUAGCCAGAAGAGGACUGAAAACUGGCCAUCUUGUUUGUUUAACCAACUUUGAUAGUGAGCCAUUUAUCUGACUCUGGCCAUCUGUCUGCUGUCUGCCUUCAAAUCACCUUACCAUUGUUUAGAUUGAGGAGUUGAGUAUCCUGUGCUUGGCAAUUAAAUUUGCGUGUAUUAAUCUUUAGGUCAGAUGUGGGUGAACUCAAAAUAUGUCUGAAUGCCUUUCAGGAGGCUUGGUAUCAGGCUUGCUCCAGGGUCACCAAAUUUUAUCCUGGAGGGUUUACUGUCAUGUUUAAGUUGUGCCAACCUUGUACGUAUGCCAUGCUCUACAGAGAGCAACCUUAUCACAAGUUCAGAUUCACACACUCCUGUUCACACUGUAUGAGGCCCAUAUCAAUGCAAAGCAUUAUUUGUGCAUUUGCUUUCUCACACACACCUUAAUCGCUGUCCAUUUUAGCCCUACUGCAUUACAGAGCAUACACAGGUGAACUUUUCAGAAGCAUUGCCAUAGAACUAAAACAAGUUGGCUCAAAGUGAACAUGUGGUAGGUGAGGUUAAAAAGGACAAACAUGCUGACUGCUAUCAGCUAAGCCAGUGAUCUUCAUGUUAUCUGUCAAUUCAGUGCAUCCCAUGCAGUGGAAACUGUCUUAUUCCUCUACUAACUGGCACUGGAAGGACAGUGAGAGAUUUGCAAAUGGAUAACUCUCUUAAGAUAAGGUAUUGCCUGCUUCAGUAUAUAGUUGCAUGGUAUCUGCAAUUGGGGGGCUCUGCAGACAGGGGAAGAGAUAAAAGAUCCCCAAAUAAUUUCCUAAGCACCUUGUUGUGACCGUAUAGUUCUGCAUUGCAUAUAUUUAGUGUUUACAAAAAGUUUUCACAUUAAGAUUAUGGAUUAUCACUGUAGGGUGGAAUACGUCACUCAACACAUGUCAAAAUCAGAGUUAUUUUGGGUUUUGAUUUUAGGACAUGCUGACCUGCGUAACUUGAGCAUCUCACAGAAACAAGCACAAAACAAAGGUUAAAAUUAACUAUGUGAAAGUUAAGGUUUAAACUCUGUUCUCUACAAUUUAGUUUUUCUACAAAUCAUGUGUAUGAUAUUUGGAGCACUAUCACACUAGCUGCUAGGCAUGUAGACGGAUGAGGUCAAAUAAUUUGAAUGGAAAAGAAUACCUGGUGAAUUAAGUACGUUGAUGCAAAGGCAUACAGAGCUAGAACUGAAUGGGAUGAAGUACACUUUUCCCAAGAGCUCAGUGUUGCUGAAUGGUAAGAGAAGGUAAUUUGGUGUACCUAUGGAAGUGAAGGGGACGUGGGUGGCGCUGUGGGUUAAAGCCUCAGCGCCUAGGACUUGCCGAUCAAAAGGCCGGCGGUUCGAAUCUCCGCGGCGGGGUGCGCUCCCGUCGCUCAGUCCCAGCGCCUGCCAACCUAGCAGUUUGAAAGCAGCCCCGGGUGCAAGUAGAUAAAUAGGGACCGCUUACUAGCGGGAAGAUAAACGACGUUCCGUGUGCUGCGCUGGCUCGCCAGAUGCAGCUUGUCACGCUGGCCAUGUGAUCCGGAAGUGUCUGCGGACAGCGCUGGCUCCCGGCCUUUAGAGUGAGAUGAGCGCACAACCCUAGAGUCUGUCAAGACUGGCCCGUAUGGGCAGGGGUACCUUUACUUAUGGAAGUGAAGGCUUGAGUCUCACCCGGUUACAGUAAUUUUAAUAUGGACAGAAUAGGGGUAGCUUCAGGCCUCCUUCCACUUUACAUUCAUAAUCCUAUAGGGUUGAGUAUGACAAUGUGUUCUAAGCAAAUGACCAGGUAACUUAAAAGAAAAAAGCGGGAAAAAACUUGGUUAUAUAUAGAUGCAUAAUAGUGGGCAGUAAUAUAAUAUUGUUCAUGUUUACACAAGUGACCUUCAUAGUUUGCUAGUGAGUCAAAUCACUUUAGCAGGAAUAAUUUAGACUGUUGCAUUAGUGGUUUACCUGAUAGUGCAUUCAGCUGAAAAGGGAUGUGUUCUCAAGUUUUAAUACAUGAACAAUCUUUCCAAGCUUUUUGUCUCAUUUGUAGUGCUUGGGAAACAUCCUACCAAAGCACUAAUGUUUGUUUUCAUGUAUAGUUUAGCUAUACAUUGUUUAGCUAGAGAUAGUUUAGCUAACAUUGUUACCCUUUAUGAUGAUAGCACAUAGACAUGUGCUAUGCCUUUUAGCAGUAUGCGUAAGCACUCAUAUAUGUGCAUACCCCUAAUAUAAUUGCAGUCAAAGGGUCGGAGGGCUACUCCAACUCAUUUUUCAUUGACCCUUAUUUUCAUAUUCAUACAAUUUUACAAGAAAAUAUUUAACUUGAUUUAUCCAGAAUAAAUCCUCUAGGGAAAAAUGUGUGCUAUGUGGAAUUAAGUCUCCGUUGCAGUUAGUUGGUCUAGAUCAGGCAUAGGCAAACUCCAGCUCUCCAGAUGUUUGGGACUACAAUUCCCAUCAUCCCUAGCUUACCGGACCAGUGGUCAGGGAUGAUGUGAAUUCGUAUCCGGAGGGUCCACUGUAUUGUUUUCUUGGAAAUUUGAUUAGGUUUACUUGGUGCCGUGGUCUCUUUAGGGUUCUGUGUCUUUCUAAGCCAGCUGCAGUGCCCUGCAAAUACAUUUUGGUAGUUUUGAACCUAAUGGGUUAUAAGUCCUAUUCAGAGUAGAGCCACUGAAAUUAAUAAACUUAAGUUGGCCGUGUCCAUUAACUUCAGUGCAUUUAUGUUAAGUAGGACUAUACCACCCAAUAUGGAUUAUUUGAGAGUUAAGUGGAUUCAGGAUUCUGGGCAAAAUCUUAAACAGUUGCAACUGAAGGCCACUGUUAAUUCUUUUGCCCAUGUUGCUGUUGACUUAGCCUCAGGCUUAUCCAGCAGAAGAGAUUUUUUUUUGCAGCUUUCACCUCCAUUUUUCAAUUUGGACAUUUACAAAGAUAAGAAUUAGCAGUAUGGGAGCUUGAAGGUUAUGGGCUUGUUUGAUUUACAGAUGUACUGUUAAGCCCUAUUGGAAAGAUGUUGGUUAAAUUAAUUAGUGUGAUUAACGACCAAGUGAAUUGUGUAGCAGCAACAGACACCAUUGUUUUUACCAACAGUACAACAGUGGUUGAAAACCUAGAACCAUUAUACAAAUCUAUGAUGCAACUGCAUUUGGAAAACACGACAGUUCUGGUUGCCGCACCUCAAAAAUGACACUGUAAAGUUGGAUAAAGGCCUCCAAAAUGAUUGAUGGGGUCGGGCAACUCCCCUGUGAAGAAAGAUUGCAGUGUUUGGGACUUUUUAGUUUAGAGAAAGGUGAAUAAGAGGUGACACAAUUGAAGUUGAUAAAAUUAUUCCUGGCAUGGAGAAAGUGAAUAGGGGAAUUUUUUUCUCCCUCACCACACUAGAAAUCAUGGGACGUCCAAGGAAUCUGAAGUUCGAAGAUUGAGGACAAGUGAAAGAAAGUACUUCACACAGCAGAUAGUUAUAUGGAUUUUACUCCCAUGGGAGGCAGUAAUAACAGGAGUAAUUAAAAACAAAUUCACUUAAUUUGACAACUAAUUCUAGAUAUGUUCCAUAUUUUGUAUGGCUGGUUUUCACUCAUGAACAAGGUGUUCUUCAUCCUCUUUUGAAAUGAUGUAUGAUUUUGGAAGUAGGGGAAUGAGUGACCUAUCAGAGAGGGUUUUUUGCUUUGUUGCCAUUGUCAAAUUAGGUUGAAGAGAAAGAGCUACCAAAGAAAACUCCCUUGAACAAAAAUUUAGUAUACACCCAAGACAGACAGAUGGUAUUGAACGUAUAUCACCCCAAAAGCAUAAUGGUCCCAGGUUUUUAUCCAUCUUGCUCUCCUUACUUCUGAAGGGGAUGGAGCACAUGUUCCCCAUGCUGUAAAAUGAUGUCACUUAAGCCCAAAUAAUUGGAUGCCUAUGAGAUUAUGUAUCUGAAUCUGGGUAUAUAAAUUAAAUCCUAGUAAGUAUGUUUCAAGUUGCAAAUUUCAGGAAUGCCUCCCUAAGGCCUAUUUUGUAUGCUGUCAGCAAAGCUGGGGUUUCUGUCACAUUUUCACAGCUGCAGCCACAUUAGGCUCCCUGACUGGUGAAUGUUCAUGAUGCCUGCAAACAUUGACUACACUUUACCACUUUAUAUGAGCUCAAACAAGUAUCCUUGUAAGAUACAUUACGUUUAUAAUGUGUGAACAGGCAAUAAUAUAUGCAGGGAUGUCCAACAGGUCAAUCGUGAUCUACUGGUAGAUCCCUGGGAGGUUUUGGUAGAUCGUGGUCGAUCACUGGCUCCCUUUCCUCAGCGGUGGUAAAGUAAAAUUUGGCCUCAGCCCGCCCUCCAUUGUUCCACGAUCCCCAGAACAGAAGACGGAUCUUUUUAAGUGAGAUCUUUUGGUGUUCAACUUUCCCCCUUAGAAAAGCUCAGCAACUUUUCCCUGAGCCCCUAAGAAAAUGGGAUAUAUAUAUAUAUAUAUAUAUAAAAUCUCAUCCAGCUUGGAAGUUGUUCUCAGGCACUCUUUGAUUUAGAUAAGUUUUGAAGCUGGGGAAAUAAGAGAUGCUACUGAUACCGGAAAACUGCAUUUUAACUGGAGUGACAUAAUACAUGUGGAAGCAACAAGUUUCUCCUGUGCCACAGGGUACUUUUGACUUGGCACACAGACUUUUUCCUCUGCCAAAAGGUUCCUGGGUUUUGUGCAUAUGUAAAUGCUAUGCAUUCUGGGUAGGAUCUAGAUUGUUGGUUGCACGUUAGUCCUGUUGAACUCAUUGCCUAAUGUUUCAUAAUUUCAGUGGGACUCUGAUUCAGCUAAGGUAGUCUGGAUCCAACCUUCCAUGUUCAGCCAUUCAUUUUCAUAUAGUUGUUGAAUUCCAUUUCUUAACCUGUUUUUCCCCCCUUUGGCCUUGUUCAUAUUUUAUAAUAAUAUGUUCCUCUUAAAAAUCUGCAAGGACUGAAAACUCACUUUUUACAGAUUGUUUAUAUAUUGCAUAACAACAUUUAUAUACCACUCGAUUGUAGAAAAACACCUCAAAGCACCUACAAGCAUAUAAUUUACACCAUUUGUUUGUUUUAUUAUUUUAAAAUGGUAAGCUUCAUUGGAUGCUUUGGCAGAAAAGCGAGAUAUAAAUGAAAUAAAUAAAUAAAUAAAUAAUGCCACUUAGCAUAGCAUAUACAUAAGUUUCAAAAUACUACUUUACAAAAGUUUCAUGAAAAUACUUCCCCUAUCAAAAUGGGUGCAUGUGUCACUAAAAUGGUUUUUGUUUUUUACUAAAAAAAGUUACAGCAGUAUAUAAUCAAUUCCUGUUUGUUAUUCCUAGUAUGUUCAUAGUUCAUAUGUCUGCUUGAUGCAUCUUCAAACACUUCAUGCAUAUUGAUACAACUUACUUGUACCGCUUGGAGUAUAACUUUAGCAUUCAGGUAGUACUCAAGGAUUUCAUAUACGCUCACAAUCAGAUGUAAUGGGCCAUUUAAGUUUAUUUCGGGAAGACAUGGCUUCUACAAUAGAUCUGGUUUCAGAGAGGAAAGACUAGCCCUCAAUUUUAAAAGAGAUAAUGCAACAUAUAAAAUCACCAUUGAGCUUUCAAAAUGCCAACUACUUUAACUUCACAUUGCCAGAAAUUUUCUUGCUUGGUUCCUUCAAGCACAUCCAUUGUGGGUUUUCUAAUGCUCUAUUAUGAUCUGUAGUCUUUGUGAAGGCUUUUAAGAUAAAGUGGAUCUAGAAAACCAGAUUCAUCUCCUUUAACAGAGUUUAGUAGUUAUACUUUCAGGAUUUUGAAUAUAUAAUGUAUUUCACUAAAUGGCAAUGCUGAAUUAAAAAUGAACUACCUGCAGUGAUAUUGAACCUUUCCACAAAAUCAGCUGCAUCCCUUCCGAUAGGGAGAAAAAGAUCACAAAGGCUGUAAGCCUGUGCAGACUUUCAUGAACACAAUGAGAUAUACUUCUAUGUAUACAUGCAUAAGGGUGCACUGAAAAGCAGAGACCGCUCCAUGCAUCUGGCAGUUGGAGAACUAAUGUUUGUUAAAGAUGGAAAGUGUGUGAUAUUGCAAGUAGACAGCAAGCACUGGCUUGGUUGUCUUUAAUAUUUAAAAAGUCACUAAUUUUGUACCUUACUUGGAGUGUUUAGUACUGAAGCUUACUAGUAUAUAAUUUUUAAAACUUUUUUUUUAUUUGCAGAAGAUCCUUUUGAUGACUUCUUUGGCAAUAGGCGAGGGCCACGUGGAAAUAGGAACAGAGGUGGUGGAUCCUUUUUCUCCGCUUUUGGUGGAUUUCCUGCAUUUGGGAGUGGUUUCUCUUCAUUUGAUACGGGUAAGGUGAAUUAAAUUCAGUUCAAUCAGCGAAUGUAGACAAUUUCCCAAUUACAGUGAAGUUUAAACUCUAAAUGGUAGGAUUGUUCGAUGAGCCGCUAGUUAAGACAUGAAAAUUUGGGAGUCAGCAUCCCUGAAAAUUGGCUGUGCUUGCCCAAGGCUGGUGGGAGUUGUAGUAUAGCAACCUCUGGAGCACCACAAAUUCCCUUCACCUGAGCUACAACUGAAAGGAAACAGUGCUGAAUCCAGAGCAAUUUUAGAUGCACAUAAAGGCUUGAAUUUGAACUUGCCUGUAGUUUGUUUUCUGGAAAGUUCAUCAGUUUCAAAAGUGAUUUUCCAUGUGACAUUGGGUAAACUAUUAUUAGUAAUACUAACACUAAUACUAAUAAUAUACCACCCUUCCUCUGAAGAGCACAGGGUGGUUUACAUCAUAAAAAUAAAAUUACAGUUUGGAUUCCAGCUAGCUUUUAGGAAAUGUGUCAUUAUGCUGUCUUCAGCUCUUCAAAAGGCUUGCAGCAUAGGUUUAAACCAGUGAAUCACAUAAUUUUAACUUUCACAAGCAAGACAUCUCGUGGUUUACUGUUAAUGUACCAUAUUUUUCGUCCCAUAGGAUGCACGUAGUUUUUUUGGGGGGAAAUAAAGGAAAAAAAUUUUUCCUUUAUCCCCCCCCCCCCCAAACCAGGUUGGGGAAACCGAACCAGGUCGAGGAACAGUGGGAUGGCGGCGCUGCGCCUCCUUGCUGUCCCCCGAGCUUGUGGGGCUGGCCGAUGUCUGUCCGGCGUGUGGGGCGCUCUGCUUCAGGGCACCUUUCGCGCCGGGCGGCAGGCUGCUAUCCGCAGCGUGAGGAGCCCUGCGGGGAACUCCUGCAGGGCUCCCCACGCUGCGGAUGUCUCUCCGGCGUGCGGGGCGCUCUGCUUCAGGGCGCCCCUCGCGCCAGGCAGCAGGCUGCUAUCCGCAGCGUAGGGAGCCCCGCAGGGCUGCCUAGGCUGCGGAUGUGUUCCCGAAGGGCCGGGCGCUCUGCUUUCAGGGCGCCCAGCGCUCCGGGAAGCAGGCUGCUAUCCGCAACCUAGACAGCCCUGCGGGAACUCCCGCAGGGCUGCCUAGGCUGCGGAUGUGUUUCUGAAGCCUGGCAAGCGAGAGGGGUCGGUGCGCACCGACCCCUCUCGCUCUCCAAGCUUCAGCAAAAGCCUGCAUUUGCCCCAUAGGACGCACCCAAAUUUCCCCUUCAUUUUUGGAGGGGAAAAAGUGCAUCCUAUAGGGCGAAAAAUACGGUAAUUUCUUAGUAUCAUUAUAUUAGAAUAUAAUCUCAAGGACCCAAACUUCAUUUUGAGUUGGAGCAUCGAAAGCUGAGGAAAAGCUACAGCUAAAUUUAAGCGGUUGGCGGUUGUUUAAAAUUGCUGGAAUCAGGAUAUAAACUGGUAUAUGAAGUUAAUAGACAUGGUUACACAUAGUGGCCUGACAAAUCAGUUCUGAAUUUUACUGAGUUUAUUAAUCUGUGGAAAAAGCAGAAGUGAAAAACUGUUGGUCCUUUGGUGGGGGGAGAUGUACCCCUUUUUUUGCCUUGGUUCAAGUACAUUCUGACACUUUGAUUCCCUUACCAGGUUUUACUUCGUUUGGUUCUCUGGGACAUGGGGGCCUUACUUCAUUCUCCUCCACAUCGUUUGGUGGCACCGGGAUGGGCAGCUUCAAAUCUGUAUCGACUUCAACUAAAAUAGUUAAUGGCAGAAAAAUUACUACAAAGAGGUACAGUGAUCUAAAUUCACAUUUUUCAGUAGGUUAGUUAUGUAACUGGUUUUCUGUAGUCAAUAGAUUUUUAAAGACGUAGAAUUAUAGAAAUAUAUUGCUUCUCUCUUUAUUACUUGCCCAAGGAAGGAAACAAAUGCUUUCACUAGCCAGAAUUAACUUCAAAGUGUGUAUAUACUCUGUUUACAUUAGUGACACACUCAGCUCCCAAUAAGCUUAGGUUCUCUGUUUUCAGGUUGAUGCCUCUGAUUUUCCCAAGUUUUGAGUGUGGUGUUAGUGGUAUUUGAAUAAGUUGAAUAUUCCUGUGAUUGAGGUGCCAAAUGUCCAGUCCUAGUGGAUUAGAGAUGUGAUAAAUAUGUGAAGUUGUGAUGUCGGAUCUGGCUGAAAUUGGAAUUGUGCUAAAAUGGUGGCUCAGGGUUUCAUAAGGGGUUCAGUUUACAUAAGCAGUCAGAAUUGUUCUAAGCUUUUGCAUAAAAUGAAACUUUCCAGUUUAGCUGCUGCUAUUUGAUGCCAAUCAGUGGUAAUCACUUUAUGGACAAGAUAUCCAUGUGCUAACUGGUUGUUAUUUAAAAAAAAACACUUCAGAAAAGACUAUUAAAUGGAUUUUUAUCCUGCAGAAUUGUUGAGAAUGGACAAGAGAGAGUAGAAGUUGAAGAAGAUGGCCAGUUAAAGUCUUUAACAGUAAAUGGUAAGGAGCAGCUGCUACGCUUGGAUAACAAGUAA